AUGGCUCCUGCUGGCUCAAGCCGAAAACAGCCUCAGUCGAGACGCUCCGCCUCUGUCUUCAGUCUUGCAGCGGCCUCAAACAGUGCCGCUGCUGCUGCUGCUGCUCAUGCUGAUUUGCUUACCCUGACUCGAAAUGGCUUUGGUCUCUCGCUGCCCCCAAUGAUAUGCAGAUUGAGCCACCACGCGGGUGCCGAGUUAUGUGAUGUCUUUUGCCCUGAGGACGUCCUCAUCAUGCCGGCAACAUGGUCUCCCAGCUCCUGGAGGCUUCUGGAUACCGAGCUAUUUGAUGCGUUGCAGGCUGUACCGAUAACGGCAUUCCUGCUGAAGGCGACUUUGCCAAAGCACCAGAUGGCCGAAUGGGAGGAUAAGGCUGUGGCGGACAAGGUCUUCGACAAGCUCGGCAAGCUGCCGCCAUUAGUGCAGCCGAAGGAGUGUGAACGACUGAAGGCGCUCUUAGCAGAGGCAGGCAGAGGUGAGCGCUUUAUCGUCCAAGGAGGUGACUGCGCCGAGCGCUUCAUGGACUGCGAGGGCGAGCGCCUGGAGCAGCAGCUGAAGCUCAUCCUGCAGAUGGGCAUGAUCGUGGAGCACAUCAGCGCGAAGCCCACCUUGAAGAUCUGCCGAGUCGCAGGACAGUACGGGAAGCCCCGCUCGAAGCCAACAGAGGUGGUCGAGGGUCACGGAGAGAUUAUGAGCUUCAAGGGUGACAAUAUCAACGGCUUCGAGCCGAAAGACCGCAAGUGGGAUCCAGAACGCCUCCUUCUAGGAUACUGGCACUCGGCCGCCACGCUGAAUUUCCUGAGGGGCUAUGCUUCCAGCGGUGACCACCAGCCACUGCAGACUGUUGGAGUCAGCGAGCUCAAGGCAUCUGAGCACUACACCAGCUACGUCGAGGAUGCCCGCGCGAUUAGCGUCAAGCCGAUCACGGCCGACACAUCGGAGUUCUUCACGUCCCACGAGGCCAUGCAGCUUGAUCUGGAGGAAUCCCUCACGCGACCUUCCGGCUCCAAAUUCUAUAACCUGAGUGCGCACUUGGUCUGGAUUGGUGAUCGCACAAGACAGCUUGACUGCGGGCACAUUGAGUACUUCAGGGGGAUUGCAAACCCCAUCGGUGUGAAAGUUGGACCGUCCAUGAAGAAUGAGGAGCUGAAAGAGUUGGUCACCGUUCUGAACCCCAACAAGGAAGAGGGCAGGCAACUUCAACUCGGAGUUCUGCAUGGUUGGACCUUGUGGGUACAUGGCCGAUGCAUGCGCCCACCUGCACAUCAGAGCAGGCUGAUGCUCAUCACUCGCUAUGGCGCUGGAAAGGCUGAGGAGCGGCAGAUGUCUGCAUGCUGGCGUGUGACGAUGUGUGUAGGGCUCCAUGGUGGUAGAUUGUUUGAGGAGAUUCUAAAGCUGGCAGAGAAAAACACAUCCGAGUUGUGCCCGCCAGGUAGAUGGAUGAACCCUCUUCCCUUGCAUUUUUUAAAUCGUCCUUUGAUCGUUAGGGUUCACUUACCGCAUGCAAGACCUGGCCGUCUUGAGUGCUGUCAGAAUGGGUCUUGA